AUGCGUCUUAUCCCAGGCCUUGGAUGCUUCGCGACUUGGGACGAGGAAAAGCAAAAGGAAGCAAAGCACUGGAUUUUAUCAGCUCUCAAAUCGGGUUACAGGCAUCUGGACACAGCUUGGAUCUACGGUACUGAAGGAUCUGUCGGCGAGGCCAUCCGCGAAUCUGGGAUUGACAGGAAAGAAAUAACCGUCACGACCAAACUUCCAUGGCACCACCCGGGAUAUGUUCUAGAAUCAAUUGAUGAGAGCUUGCGCGCCGCCAAACUUGAUUACUUUGAUUUAUAUCUGGUACAUUAUCCACAAGCUGUGGGAGGGAUACGGGCAACCGAAAAAUCCCGAGGACCCGAACGCCCUAGUGGCUCUCACGAGUCCUACUAUUCGAGAGAGACCUGGGCUGACAUGGAAAAGGUUCUCGCCAGUGGCAAGGUUAAGGCCAUCGGAAUCAGCUUCUCCGAGAAAACACUGAAAGAAUUGCUACAAACUGCGAAAGUUAUCCCGGCCAUGAAUCAGAUCGAAAUGCAUCCUUUCCUCGCCCAAACAAAGUUGCUUCAAUUCUGUGAAGAACACGGCAUCAAAGUGACUGCCUACACUCCUACAGCAUAUGAGAAAGGCCGUACAGACCCUGUCAUCGUGGAAAUUGCGAAGAAAUACGGUGUUUCCCCUCCUCAGGCCAUAUUAGCGUGGCAUGUCAAACGAGGGCGUGCUGUGACUACCAAAAGCACAAAUGAGGCGCACCAAAGGGAGAACCACAUGGUUAGUACAGUGCCUUUCACCUAUUCCGCUGUUUUGGCCGGCUACAUGAAUGCUCUCGACUGCAAUCUGCGUUUGUGCAAAUAUCCCAACGAACAGGGAAUGGUUUACGGGUGGACUGUGGAACAGCUGGGUUGGGACUAA